UUGCGACGACGCUGGGUAAAUCAUCUGGACACUGGGUCUCACUAUCGCCAAAUAUAUUUGGAGAUCGGCUUCGGCUACGGCUUGGCAGACAUUUUUUUCUUUCUACAAUUUUAAAUUAAAUUUAUUAGAAUAAAUGCUUCGAACACACGCGAUCUAAGUACCUUUUGUGUUUAUUAUACCUUACCUACCUAGGUAUAAAAAGAGUACUUACGUAGAUUUUCUUUUAUUAACUGUUUUAUACGAAGAUCUUGAUCUCUCAAAUUAGCAUCCAUUUUACUUCCAGUGAUUAUCAACUAAAUUAAUAAUCCACAAAGUAUUAAAUAACGUUUUUAUGAAAUAUUUAGCACAAAAACAAUACCCUUUAAAUAUCGAUCGUCAGUAACUGUGGCUGACUUACCUAUAUUCUAGCAAGCAGGACUGCCAGAUGUGAAGGGGAAAUCCCCAAUAAAUUGUUGCAUGUGACUGAUGAUGUGAGCAUGUUCGUUUCAUAAUAAAAAUGUUGCCAGGUAACCAAAAAGUCGUAUGUUUUUGUGCGAAUUACGAUCAUAAUCUUUACGAUCGUACAUUAAAAAAUAGACAAAUAAUAGUAUGAGUACGAUUUAAAUCGUAUAUCUGUCAACCCUGCUAGCAAGACAGCGACAAAAUCACGUUGCAUAACAAUGUAGCCCAAGCUUAUAUCUUAUGAAAUAUACGGAAGAGAUACGGACUUAGAAAAAACAGAAAUGUUGUUCUUUGUGGAAGUCAUUGAUGAAAUUCUAUGUAUUUUAGCCCGCAAACUUUCUUCAAACAAAAACAGCGCCAUCUAGUAUCGAGUUCUGUAAUUAUCUCUUUGUUUAUGGAUUUGAAGUAAGACCGCCACGCAUGCAAUACAUUAUGACUGGGGAUUCCCCUAUUCGUCGACGCUGAAUAUGAGGCGACGACAAUCACUGUCAAACGUGUUCACUAUUACUCUGACUCUGGUAACGUGACUUCCUGGUAACGUGUUAGGUAGGAAAAGCAGUAAAAAAGUGCAUAUUAAGGGAGCAGAUUUGAAAUAAUAUUUAUACUUAACAAGAAAUAAUUAAAGGUUCAAUGGGGAGACCUAAAGAUUUACGCAUAUGGGAGCACUACCGUACUUUACCAAACAAGUCUGUUUCUUGCAAGCUUUGUAAUAAGGUCUACAAAUUCAGUAAUGCUGCCAAAAUGCUUCAACAUCUUAUCACUUGUCCAAAAUCUCCAGAAACAUUAAAAGACUCUAUGAAACUUAUAAAAGAUAGCUCGUCCAAAACCAAAAUGUCUGGACUGUCAGAGAUAGAGACAAAUGAUUCUUUUAUAAGCCCCUCGUCGUCUGCUAACACUACAAUAAAUGCUGAGUUUCAAGACACCGAUGAUCAUAUAAAAACAGAAUUAGCGAGAGCUAUAUUUGUAACAGGGACGCCAUUAUCGAUGGUGCAACAUCCUUUAUGGAUACAAUUUUUCGAAAAAUUGCAACCAAAAUUUAAAAUACCUUCACGUAAAGCUUUAGCGACAAAAUACUUAGAUAAAAUAUAUAGAGAAAUGCGUUUUGAGUUAAAUGAGGAACUAAAUGCUUGUAGUUACUUACACCUUCAGUGCGAUGGCUGGUCUAAUUUAAGAAAUGAAGGAAUAAUAAACUUUCUUAUAUCAAAACCUCAACCUGCAUACGUUAAAAGUUUGAAUACAGAAAGUAAUCCUCACACUAGUGAAUACCUUAGCCAAGAAGUUGAAAAAGUAAUGAAAGUGUAUGGAGCAAAUAAGUUUCUUGUACUUAUUGGCGAUAACGCUAGAAAUAUACAAAAGGCAUUCGAAUUAACAAAACUCAAAUAUCCACAUGUUGUUCCUCUCGGUUGCUGUGCACAUAUCCUUAACUUGUUGUGCCAAGAUAUUGUAAAGAUACAAGAAGUAACUGUGUUUAUUAUGCAAGCCAUAAAUAUAAUAAAAACUGUUAAAAGGAGUCAACGAUUAAGUUCCUUGUUGAUAAAAUCAAGGCAGGGUGAAGAUUCUACACAAACACUAAAAUUGCCUUGUGCUACAAGAUGGGGAAGUCAUGUUACUUCGUUAAAAAGUUUGAAAGCAAAUAAGAUAGCUUUGCAAAUAUUAACAGUUAGAGAAGAUGUGGUAAUUUCAAGAGAUAUUAAAGAUUUAAUUCUAAGUGAUGAUUUCUGGACGAAGACAGGGGAAUGUAUAAGUAUUUUGGAACCAGUCACUGAAAGCAUAUUUUACUUAGAGAGCGACCAGAAUCGUUUGCAUCGCACAUACAUUACAUUUAGAGAUGUACAAGCUAAGAUACGUUUUGCAUUAAAUGAGAUUUCGACAUUGAGCGAAGAAAGCAAACAGCAGAUUCUAACAUCAGUAUCUUCAAGAUGCAAUAUGGCAAUGAGGCCAAUACAUUUUGCAGCAUAUAUUCUAGACCCCAGGACUCUAGGAGUCGAACUUACUCAAGAGGAAGAACUUAAGGGUAUGGAGUUUAUCUACAAUUUAAGCCAACACUUAAGUUUGUCAAAUGUAAUGGCAGAUUUGGCGUGUUAUAAAGCUAAAGAAAACUUUUGGGCCAGAGGAUUUGUAUGGAGCUCAUUAGAUAGCAUUGAGCCCCUAAUAUGGUGGAAAGGUAUUUGUGGUUCCACUGAGUUAAGCAAAGUAGCGAUUCGUAUUCUAUCAGCUCCCUGUACUUCGGCAGCCACUGAGCGUUCCUUUAGUAUCCAAGGCUACAUACAUAAUAACAAAAGAAAUCGACUUACAACUGAAAGAACUGAAAAAAUUUCAUUCAUUUGUUAUAACUGGAAUCUUAAACAUAAAGCUGAAUGCGAGGACAUUCAGUUUAAUGAAGAAAAUACCUUAGAAGCUUUCAUUGAGCAAGUAAAUGAACAUAACAGUUUAGACGAAAUAGAGCCUAUCGAACCUAUACAAUUCAUCGCUUGUAAUAACUCUGAAUCUGACAGUGAUUGACUGUAGUUUUACAUUUUACUUUCAUCUCUUUCUUAAUAAACUCAAAAUCAAAUUAAAAGUUUUUUAUUCUGUAGGCUGCAUAAUAAUAUUGUCUAUGUCCAGUAUAGUGGACGUCUUGCGGCUGAGAUGACGAUGAUGAAGUACAAAAUCAUAAACACCCAAAAAUUUGGGUGUUUAUGGGGUUUAAACCCAAUAAACCCAAAACACCCGGUUUUUACCCACCAGACUUUAAACCCACCCAGGUGGAUUGCCCAUCUC